AUGGGGCAAGGAAAUGGAAAAAAUAAACUUAUUAUUCAAGGAACCAAUGAAUUUUUAGUAGAUAAAAAAAAGGAAUUUUGUUUAUUAAAUAUAAGGAAUUCCAUAAAUAUAAAGAAUAUAUAUAAUGGCCCUAAUAAUAUAAUAAUUAUUUAUGAAAAUGAUGAUUUUGAAAUAGUGGGGUUAAAUAAUUAUGGCCAAUUAGGUUUAGGAGAUAAAAUAAAUAGAAAUAAACUAACAAUUAAUUCUAUUUUAUCAAAACAAAAAAUUAGUAAAAUAUCAUGUGGAUAUGAACAUAUAAUUGCUUUAAUGUAUAAUCACAACAUUUUUGUUUGGGGAAAUAAUGAUCAUGGUCAACUAGGUAUAGGAGAAAAUACUGUAGAAAUUUAUACUCCUUUAUUAAUUUAUUUUAAUGAAAAAGUUAUUGAUAUUGCUUGUGGAAAAAAUCAUUCUAUUUUUUUAACUGAAUCAGAAUGCGAAAAUUAUAAUUACUGCAACAAUUUUAAAAUAAAAAAAAAUGGUAAUCUAGAUAAUUCAGUUACAAAAAAAAAAGAUAGGCAAAAUUACUUAAGCAAAUUAGAAAUAAAUAUUAAUGAUGAAAUGGAUAGUAAAAUGAAGAGCAAAUUUACUGAAGAUUACAGUGUUGAAUUUGAAGUGCAAAACAUUAGAAAGGAAAAUAAAGAAGAAAGUGAAGAGGAAGAAGAAGAAGAGGAAGAGGAAGAAGAAGAAGAGGAAGAAGAAGAAGAAGAAGAAGAAAAAAACAACGGGGAAGAAGAGGAAAAUGAAGAUGCAGAUAAAGAGAAAUAUAAACAUGAAAAAAAUAAUGAAAUAAAUGAUAAAAAAAACUUCAAAAUUAAUUAUGUAAACGAUGUAAUAAAAAUAAUAAAAACAAAUAAAAAAAAAUUUGUAAAUAGGAAAAUAUCAAAUUUUAAUAUUUAUUCAUGUGGUUCAGGUAUAAAUGGGAAAUUAGGUUUUAAAAGUGAGGAAAAUGUAUAUUUUCCCAAAAAAAUGGAGAUAAAAAAAAAAUUAAAAAUAAGUAGCAUAUAUUCCAGUUACGAACACAAUGCCUUAUUAACAAAAAAUGGAAAAUUAUAUACAUGGGGAUAUAAUAAAAAUGGAGAAUUAGGUAUAAAUAAUAAUAUAUCAAGUCAUAAAUUAAAAAAAAUAAAUUUAGAAAAUGAUAUAAUUAUAAAGGUGUGUCUAAGUAAAUUAUAUUCUGCAUGCUUAACAAAGAAUAAUAAUUUUUACAUUUGGGGAAAUAAUAUUCUCAAAUUGAAAAAAAUUAACUUUUCUAAUCUUCAAAUUAGUGAUUUCUGCUGUAAUGAAGAUAAUAUUAUAAUUUUAACAAAAGAUCAUAAGUUAUUUUUAUUAGAUUCCUUAAAAAAAAUACAAAAUUUGAAUAAAUUAAUACAGACAAAAUUGUCAAAUGAUGCAAAGAAUAUUAACAAUAUUCAAUAUAAUUUUAUAGGAAAUGGAUAUAACUAUUUAUAUGCUCACAUUAGCAUAAAUAAAGAUAUUAAUAAUAUGAAUAAUUUAAAUAAAAAAGAUUAUGCAAAUUCUAAUCCUCGUGAAACAAAACAAAAUAUCAAUGUAGAAAAAGAAACGUCAUUAUUUCUAGAUAACAAUGAACUAAGAAAUUAUGAUAUGAAUAAAGAUAUGCAAAAUCUAAAGACUAUUAUUAAUGAUAUAAAUGAAGAAGAAAAAGGGAAGUUCAAAGAAGGUACUCAUAAGAAAAUAGAAAUAAAAGAAGUAGAAAAAAAUCCAUGGAUCAUUAAGAAUAAAUGUGAUGAAAAAAAACAAAAAAAUUUAAUAAAAGAAAAUGAAGAAGAAAAACAAGAAAUUAAAAAAAAAGAAGAAAAAGAAAUAACAAAGGAAGAAAGAGCAAAAGAAGAAAUAGAAAAAGAAGAAUAUGUUGAUUUAUAUAUGCUUAGAACGAAUUCCGACAAUAAUAAAAAUUAUAUAAAUAUAAAUGAUAAUUUUAAAAGGAGUAAAAAUAAUUUAAAAAAAGAAUGUGAGAAUUCUAAUGAUUUAAAGGAAAAUAUAAAAUUCCAUUCUUUUUCUAAUAAUGGACUACAUAUAGAAAAAAGGGAAGGAAAAAAAAUAAAUAAUAAAAGCAUUAAAUCUUGUAGCGACGAACAAAUAGAAAACAUUCUUAUUCAUAAUGAUACUGAAAAAAGUAUGAAAAAUAAAAUGGAUAUAAAAUAUCUUAUUAGUAACAUAGAUUAUAUCAAUUUAGAUUUGAUAAAUAUUGAAGAUAUCUAUAUAGAUAAUAAUUUCUUACUAAACAGAGCAUCUGGAAUCAUUAAUAGUAAUAUAAAUUAUAUAGAUUACUUAACAAUUAACAAUGAACAAAUUGGAAAAUGCAAUAACUUAAAUAUGAAGCAGAAUUGCUUUUGUUCUAAUUCAGGUGAUAAAUAUAUCAAUUUAAACAUUAUGUUAUUAAAAGAAUUAAAAAAACAAAAAAAAAUAAAUAUUUUUUAUAAUCAUUUAUUAAAUAAACUUUUAAAUGAAUCAAUUUGCCUAAGAGAAGAAAAAAAAAAUUUAAAAAAAAAAAUUUCUUGUUUACUAAAAAUUAAUAAUUCAAAACAAAAUACAGACGCAUAUGAAAAAAAAAAAAAAAAAAACUUGAAUUUUUGUUUAAAAAAAAAGUAUACAUUUCCUUUAUCCUUGAAUCCCAGAGAUUAUAAUUGUCAAGAAAAAAAUAGUAAAUAUAUAAGUAGUUCUAGUAAUAUUAGUACGUCUUCAUUAAAUAACAUUAAUAAAUUAAUAAAUACAGAAAAGAAAAAUGUGCAUAAAGAGUCAAAUAAUUUACUGGUUUUAGAUGAUUUAAACCCUGAUUUGUUUAGUAACACAAACGAGGAUAAAAAUACAAUAAAUAGUAUACCCAUUUUUUUUUUAAAUAAUUAA